CGUCAUCAGCAGGAUGUUGAAAUUACAAUUCAACGGCCAAAGAAACCCGAGGAAAGUGAAGAAAGUAAGUGGGCGAAAUUUCUGAGACAAGAGGUUAAUCGUCAGAUCCUCAAAAGGCAAAUCAACUGUCAUAAGAUGCACCUGCUCUGUUAUGUAGCACAUUUACGUGUGUGGAUGCGUUCUUUGGUUCGUAGUGAAUAUCUAUCUGCACAGUGCUUAUCGUUGAUCCCGGAGGGUUAUGUGCAGUCAGCACAAUUGUCAUUUGAUACAGCAUCGGUCGAGCGAUUCAUGAAGUGGUUCCAUUCGGCAUUCGUUCGUAAAGACUUGACCAUUUAUUUGACAAGAAGUGGAUUCUGCGACGCACAGGUUGAACGACUCGGAAUGUUGAUCAGCGAUAAGGUCUACGAAACGCCGAAAGAUAUUGCUUCAAUACUGGUUCUGUGUUUACUUGCACUGAAACAAUCCGUUCGCUUGUGUCUUUCAUGUUAUCCUAUUUCACAUAAACCGGUCAGUUGUCCAUUUUUGGAUGUCCAUUUAUACUAUCGCAGUUCUGUGAAUUUUGAUGAUCUUAAAAGUUUGGCAAAAUCGAAUGAAAAAAAGGAGAAUGAAGCAUCAUCGAGUAAAGCUGAUUCUUCAAAGACCUCAAAUCGAACUGGGAAAGAAUCGACGAAAGACAACGCAACAAGUGCAGAAUUGAAUGAAAGUGCGAGUGAGAUGGAUUGGACGCCGAAGAGUAAACGUCAAAAAGAAGAGGAGCAGAAGAAGAGAUUCAAGAAAGCGGUCAAUAGUUCAGUGAAGGGGAUCACCGUCAAUUCUAAGAAGAAAAUGCCUACGAAGAAGGUCAAUUUGGGGCGUAAUUAUUGGGUGGAAUAUUGGGAUGAAAUAUCCGAAGAAUGGAUUUGCAUAGAUCCGAUAAAAGGCACAAUUGAUAUGGCUGAACUGAUCGAAUCAGAUGCCACAUCACCAAUGCAUUACGUAAUUGCGAUUGAUAAUGAAUUAUCUAUUUGUAUUGACAGUAAAUAUGAUUGCAUAGAGUUUGGUAUGCGAGAUGUAACGGCGCGAUAUGCAUCCAAGUAUCUUUCGAGUGAAGUGAGACGAUUGAGGAUCGAUGAGGAGUGGUGGAAAUCAUCACUUAUGCCAUUCCAAAGUAAAAAUCAUGCUCGUAAUCGUCUCGAAACGGUUAAACUCCACAAUUUCCUAAUGACAAAACCCAUGCCAGUUACAGUCGCCGAAUUCAAAAAUCAUCCUCUGUAUGUGUUGAAGAGAGACCUUCUAAAAUUCGAAGCAAUUUAUCCGGAGGAUCAAAAACCAGUUGCAACAUUUCGUGGUGGCAUUGAGGUGUAUCCACGAAGUAGUGUCUAUCAUUUGCAGGGAGCAUUGAAUUGGAUGAAACAAGCACGUUCAGUAAAGCCCGGCGAAAAACCGUAUAAGGUUGUGAAAGCACGACCGAAUAUUCGUCUUCCCGAGGAACAACGCGAACCGAAAACGUUGGACGUUUUUGGAUAUUGGCAAACAGAGCCAUACGUUCCACCAGAAAUUGUUGAUGGUCGUAUACCGCGCAACGAAUUUGGUAAUAUUUAUAUGUAUAAAGAGUGUAUGUUGCCAAAAGGAUGUGUGCACCUCCAUCUCGAUGGACUUUACGGCUUAGCACGACAAAUGGACAUUGAAUGUGCACCUGCGGUGGUUGGUUGGGAAUUUCAUAAGGGCGGAAGUCAUCCGAUACUUGACGGCUGUGUGGUACUGGCCAAAGAUGCAAUGCGAUUGAAAGCAGCGUGGACUGAGCACUAUGAAAAGAAGCGAAUCAAUGCUGAGAAGGUAUAUCGUGUAUUGAGUUCACAAUCUGAUUACACAUCCAUUCNUAGAGUUCAUGCCAGAUUUCUUGGACCCGAUCGACGUCAUCUUAGUGUUGACGAAUGCUUAGAAAAUGCGGAUGAGAGUGCUGCGAACGAACCGAAAACUGAAACACCGAUCAAUGAUGAUAUGGCAACGGCAUGGCCAGCAACGAAUUUCACUCUACCAACUUCGAAGUAUCGUAAUAAUGAUGACGCUGAUGAGGAAGUUUUAUAA